AUGCCACGAGGAGGCCAUAAAGGUGGGCUAUUUCCAGUAAGUGGAAUAAAAUGGGGUAUGAACGAAAGAAUUAAAAAAAGGGGUUUGUAUCAUAAUAGAAGAGAAGACAUAUUAACACCCAGAUGGGGAUAUAGAUAUGAGAAUGAAAAUAAGAAAUACUUACCUGAUGGUAGUAGUAAAUCAUUCGAUAUAGAUUCAUCUAGAGCAUGGCCUGUAGAUAAAGCUCAGUGGAAAUAUUACUAUAAUAUUAAUGAAAGUAGAUAUCUAUGGCCUAGUAUUUGUGCAAAUAAUCCUGAAAUUAAAAAUUAUAUUUUAAAUAUCAUAGAAAAUACUGACACGUAUUUCAGUGGAAUUGGUUUGGAACAAGUAUCAAAUGAAAGAAAAAAUAAAAAUUUAAAAAAGGAUUAUACGAAUAAUUCUUAUUACAAAAAUAAUUAUUUAUAUAAUUUGGUACACGAACUGAAUAAUACUAUUUAUCCACAAAUCGAAAUUAACCUAAACAAUAAUUUAAAAAGAGGAAGAAUACAAAAACUUUAUGAUAUUAUAAAAGAAGAAAAUAUAUGGAAAACUACUCAAAAAAUAAAAACUCCAGAAAGUGAAAAUGUUUUUCCAUAUGUUGAUGAUAAUGCAACGCUAAUUAGGGAAUUACCCCUUUCAGAAAUUUUAUAUACAAAAAGUAAUUUACGUCUAAAAGUUCGAAGACAUCCAAAAUGGAUGAAUGUUCAAUUUUUAAAAAAAAAAGUCAAAAUACCUUACUUGUACAGGAGAAGAGUUGCUAGGGAGGAGUUACAAAAAAAAGAAUUUGGUUCAUUUUUUUAA